UCUUGCACCCUCUGCGCAAUAUAGUACAGUCCCAAUCUCAGGGUGGGGAGCAUUGUAGGAGAGAGCACACAUUCCGGAUAACGGAGAAGUGCAAACGGACAAGAAACUUGACUCAAGUUUGCCCUCGUGAAGGUUUCCGCCUUUCAGGAUUAUAAAAUAUCCUGUUUAUUCGCGAGAACGGCAGAGUAACAAGAAGGCGAGGACACUAACGUGGACGACAGGGAAGCGGAAACGGUGCGCCAAGAAGGGGAUCCAGGCGAUCUGACGGCCAACGCGGGAACUUCACGGCGUUCACUGCACACGAAGACGAGUCAGGACUCUGGGAUUUUCCUUCAAGACGUCAGGUUCAACUGCGAAUACCGCAAGGGGCCGACGUCUUCCGGGAUCGAGUUGAGUUUUGCUUAACACCAGAGCGUAUCACACGUUGGAAACCCUACAGGGACGGGAGGUCGGCAAGUCGCUAGCCUUCUGCGGGGAACGUUCGGCGUUUAACACCAAAUACUCUCUGGAAAAUGUCAAUACAGUAUUGCUUCAGCCCCGUCUAACACGUUGUUGUACGAGUGUGGAUAUUCUGUCCAAGGAACAUUUUGUGGAACUACAUACACGUUGGAGUGGCUGCUUUUGUAGACUCCAGUUUGCUCAACUGCUUGUUGACAGCCAGACCUUGUGGAUAGUAUUUUGGCUUUUCUUCUCGACUGGUUAUCAACGAGAGACCUGUCCUCCCUCCUCUGCAGCCAGAUGAUGGGCCGCUGAGUGACUCCGCGGACCUUUAUCUGGACUAUAUGUGAUAUUGCCCGUAGACGACAGUGAGUGUCGGGGGUUUAAUCCGAGAGAAAACUGCCCCCGACACUGACCAGUCCCCUAAUUGGACCUAUUUUUAGAGGGAGGAAUGGGGUAAAAGCAGAUAGCUAGAAAUUCAACUCCCCUCCUUGUCUUUCAACCCCUUCUAUCAGCACUCUUAUCAUUAACCAGGGGAGCUUUGGAGAGGCAGAAAGUCUAAUCAAAAGUUGGGAAAAUGUAUUCUCAUGAAUAAUUUGAGUGAGCUCGUCAGAACAAUUUUGACUCAAGUUCUACCAGUCAGGGAAUACCCACUGCACUGGAUUUUAUUUCUGAAGACUGCACUGGACAGAAAAAUCCCAUUUUGGAUUAUAAAUGAAAUAUGUCUCAACAUUUUAUUUCCUACUUUGUUACUCUUAAAUAGGACAACAGUAAUGUCACUCUGCCAUUAGUAUCCAAGACAAAGUAGAAAUCUUCUUAGCAUUCUUGAAUAGUAGGACCUACUUUCAACUACCUAAAAAAUAAGUUAGCAGCAAUUUUUGAGUAGAGCAAACUUUCGUCACAAAGAAACGAGGAAAAUUACCCUGACUAACCAAAUAUUAUCCACAUCCCCCAACAACAGAGAAAAAGAAUAUAUAUGUAGAUUGAAAGCUCUAUAUCAUUUAUAUUUUUACUUAACAUAGACAAGCUGCCUGUAUGCCGAUUGGUUGCCUUAGAAACCAGAGUAACAAAGAAACAAGCUAACAAAGACUGUGCCUUUUUAUAUGAUUGGUUGGUUUCCACCAUUUCAAGGUUGACUGAGUCAGUUGGAUAAACUGCUUGAGCAAACUGGGAUUGAAAACACACCCCAUGAAGGUUACUUAAGACCCCCCCCCCCACACACAAAGGGUGCCCACCUGUGAAGUCAUUUGAUUGAUUGGGUUUCCCUUCUGGAUUGACCUUUUGCCAAGUGAUUCCAUGGUAAUCACAUCAUCAUCAGCGGAGGACAAGACUCUGCCCCCUCGCAGAAUGGUCCAAUCACAACCCUGGAUCGCCUCUGCCCUCCAUCGUGACAAUAAAAGUGUGAGCAGCUCAGGAUGUCCGCCCACCUCCACCUCCUCCUCCUCCUCUACUGCCCAGGGCUUCUCCCUCGCUGAGCCAGCCAUGACCAGCCAGCACACGCAUACCCACCCAUCCUUCAGCUCCAUUCACUCCAUGGCCGAACAGCAGCAGGUGCUGUCUGAUAUGACCAUACUCCAGCGGAGAAUCCCCCCGAGUUUCAGAGACCCUGCCAGUGCCCCAUUGCGGAAACUCUCUGUAGACCUCAUCAAAACAUACAAGCACAUCAAUGAGGUGUAUUAUACAAAGAAGAAGCGGCGGGCCCAGCAGGUCCCUCCUGAAGAUAGCACUACUAAGAAGGAGAGAAAAGUCUACAAUGAUGGUUAUGAUGACGACAAUUAUGAUUACAUCGUCAAAAAUGGUGAAAAGUGGCUGGACCGCUACGAGAUAGACUCACUGAUUGGGAAGGGCUCCUUUGGACAGGUGGUGAAGGCCUACGACCACCAUGAGCAGGAAUGGGUCGCCAUCAAGAUCAUCAAGAACAAAAAGGCAUUUCUAAACCAGGCACAGAUUGAACUUCGCCUGCUGGAGCUCAUGAACAAGCAUGAUACUGAGAUGAAAUAUUACAUAGUCCACCUGAAGCGUCAUUUUAUGUUUAGGAACCAUCUUUGUUUGGUGUUUGAGUUGUUGAGCUACAAUCUGUAUGACCUGUUGAGGAACACCAACUUCAGAGGGGUCUCCCUUAACCUCACCCGGAAAUUUGCACAGCAGCUCUGUACAGCGUUAUUAUUCCUAGCCACUCCAGAACUGUCAAUUAUCCACUGCGACCUGAAACCAGAAAACAUACUGCUGUGUAACCCCAAGAGAUCUGCCAUCAAGAUAGUCGAUUUUGGAUCAUCCUGCCAGCUCGGGCAGAGGAUCUAUCAGUAUAUCCAGAGCAGGUUUUACCGCUCACCUGAAGUUCUCUUGGGAAUGCCAUAUGACCUGGCAAUUGACAUGUGGUCUCUCGGAUGCAUCUUGGUAGAGAUGCACACAGGAGAGCCUCUGUUCAGUGGCUCCAAUGAGGUUGACCAAAUGAACAAAAUUGUUGAAGUGUUGGGGGUCCCUCCCAGCCACAUGUUGGAUGCAGCUCCAAAAGCCAGGAAGUAUUUUGACAAGCUAUCAGAUGGGCUGUGGACAGUGAAGAAGAACAAGGAUAUCAAGAAGGAGUACAAGCCCCCAGCCUCUCGGCGUCUUCAUGAGAUUUUGGGUGUAGAGACGGGGGGGCCAGGUGGUCGGAGAGCAGGUGAGCCAGGACAUGCCCCCUGCGACUACCUGAAAUUCAAAGACCUGAUCCUGCGCAUGCUGGACUAUGACCCCAAAAGCCGCAUCACCCCAUUUUAUGCCCUGCAGCACAACUUCUUCAAGAAGACUACAGAUGAAGGAACGAAUACUAGUUCAUCAACAUCCACCUCUCCUGCCAUGGACCACUCCCAUUCAACUUCCACGACUAGCUCUGUUUCCAGCUCUGGUGGUUCCAGUGGUUCCUCCAAUGACAACCGCAACUAUCGGUACAGUAACCGAUAUUACAACUCUGCUGUGACACAUUCAGACUAUGAGAUGACCAGCCCUCAGGCUCCAUCCCAGCAGCAGAUGAGGAUGUGGCCAGGCAGUGAUGGUGGAGGUGGGGGUCAGGACCCAGCGUACACCCAGUUGCUGCUCCACAAGCCGGCUGCCUCCCAACAACACCAGCGCCACUUCCUGGACCAGCCCCACCAUCCCCACCCAACCUACUCCCACCACGGGAAUGGCGGGCGCGGCCUGCGACAGGGUGGACAGACGGGCAUCAGUGGAGGAAGGGGCCAGCAGGGACCCUCGCCCCAGAUGAGUGACAGCAUGGAUGUGGGCGUGUCCCUAGGGCUGCACCACCUGGGGGCGGUGUCUUCCAUGGAGGCGUCUCAGUUCGGCUCCGCCUCCCUACCCCUCGCUCUGCCGAUGGGACUGUCUGCCUUCCGGACUCGGACGGCCCCCGGCGCACCCGGGCCGCAAGCACCGCCCCCUGAAGACUACUACCCUGCCUCCAACAACAAUAACCCCGCAACAGGGGGCAGAGGGAGGCCAGACUCAGACGAGGGGCCGGCCAACUCUUGAUAAAACCUGAACCAUGCCCUAAAGCCAUACAAUUUUAACUACAACUACGACAACUACACAUAAACAGCCGGAGUUCAGAGACAAAGACUAGAACUUUGUGCUGAAGGAGACAGUCUGUACUGCAUGAGAGGAGGAGGAUGCUGGGAAAACUCUCCUUUUCAUCCUGUUUUACUUUUUUGUCUUUUGUUGCGACUUUCAUUUGAACUUGAAUGAUUGUGACAAGUUUGUUUUCAUUAAUAUUAUUGUUGUUGUUUAAUAUUAUUUGAUUUUUGUUUUGGUUUUUUUCUGUGGUUUGGGGAGUUGUGUGUUCUAUUGGUGUUUUGAGCCUGGAGAGCAGGGAGGAGGAUGAAGAGGUUAUAGAGGCCCCUUGCUUUUCUAUUUCACUCCAUUUGGAGGCAGAAAGUGGAAGGGGAGCACACUUUUCAUGUUUACAAAUUACAACAGUAUGUUGUCAUUUACAGCGUUUCGAGGAACGGUCACCCCAUGCGCACGUACCCACACACACUCAUGCAUCUCUUUUCAACAGGAGAGAGAUCAUGUGUGAUUCAGGACUCUUGUAUUUUCUCUCCUGAAUGUUAUGUGUUUUUUGGGUUAUUUUGUUUGUUUUUGUCCUGCCUCUGUCACCCAAUUGUGAUCGGUCUGUAGAGGCAGGUGGAGGGAAGAGAAGGUCACAGAAUACUGAUGCCUUCUUGGCACUCACAGGUUUCGUCUCCUCAUCCUCUCGUCCUCCUCCUGUCGUUUCUUCUCCAGACAGCUCCUUCUCUCUGUGCUGCUAAUCAUCAAGACAACUGGUCCGGAUUGCUGCUAAAGAUCCAACACAGAUCAAUAAAGAAUUAAAAAGAAUAGAAACAAAGUUUAAAAAAAUAAACUUUUUAACCCUUCUGCUUAAGAGAAAAAGAUAAAGUAAGAACCACUGCAUCUUAAUGUAUUUAUUACUAUUUAACAAGAAAAAAAACAAACUGAAAGUAACCCUUUUUCUGCUCUUUGUUUGGUUGCCUUCUUUCUGCAGGUGAGGUCUGAUUGACUAUUGUAACAGUGACAGUGACUGGUGACAUGGGAAUGUCACUAGUUGUGGGGGAUGGGUGGUUCGGGAGGGUUUGGGGCAAAAUAAAGUUGGAUAUAUAAUAAGAAUAAAGAGUAUACUUUUGCACACCAAAGUCAAACAAAAAUCAGA